AUGACCACAGUGCAUGACACCACUCCCACCCAGAAGAUCAUGGAACUUGGCAUGACCAUGAGCCUGAUCAAAACAAAUCCUGCAUCCACCAGCAAGGCCAAAGUUGGGGGCAAGGUAAUUCCAGAGCUAUAUGAUUAUCUUACUGACAUAGUCUUCUGCAUUUCUACACUUUAUGUGUUCAUCAUGGCUCUAACUGCCCACCUAAAGAAAGCAGCCAUAUACAAUAUCAGGAAGGUAGUGAAGCAGGCUUUGGGGGAUCCCCUAAAGUGCAUCCUGAGCUACACUGAGGACAAUGUUGUCUCUUGUGACUUUAAUAACAUCAAAUAUUUCAUUACACUUUUGAUUCUGGAGUUGGCAUUGUCCUCACUGAGCACUUUAUCAAGCUCCUAG